AUGUGCUCAAACGCUGCUGAAUCUUUCAAUAAUUGGGUUAGUGAUGCGUGUCAUCUUCUCAUUACUCGUCUAGUUGAUAUGGUAAGGGGUCAAAUCAUGGAGCAGAUGGCAGAACGCAGAGUUAAGUGCAACACAUGGGCUGGUAUAUUAUGCCCUAAAAUGGAGAAGAAGUUGGCGACGGCGUUUAACGAUAGCAGGCCAUGGUGUGUUAGUCAGGCUAAUGACGAGGUGUACGAGGUUCACUCCAACCCGUCGGUGUUGGUCGAUGUGGGUAGGUAUACGUGUUCCUGUUUUCAGUGGCAGAUAAAUGGGUUCCCAUGUUCUCAUGCCGUUGUUGCAUUCUGUAAUAGCGGGAGGAAUAUUUACAAUUCCAUAGACCGAGCAUUUCACAUCGACACAUUUCGUUCUUCAUACAGUGGAACAAUAUAUCCUAUCCCUACCGUGGAGAAGCCAAAUGUCAACGCAGCUGAAUAUAUGAUAGCACCGCCAAUAGUCAAGCGUCCGCCGGGUAGGCCCAAACGGAAGAGGAUUCCAUCUAAGGACAAGGUAGUUCAACGUAUUCGAAGUGAGCGUUGUGGGAAAUUUGGCAACCACAAUAGGAAGACUUGCAAAGAGCCGAUAUAG